AUGUCACAGGAUGACGAGUCUAAGUGUAACACGGCCUAUCAAUAUUUUAAAUGUGCAAAGCCAUUGGAUUUUUCUUACAGGAAUCUUGUGUCACUUGAAGAGUUGAACGGAAACGAAGAACCAUUGCCACUGAGAGUGGGGGGAGCGCCAAAGAAAAACCUAAAGAGCAACCGUUACAAGACAGGUUCGUUUUGGCUGAACAAAAACAAUUUGAAAAACGUCAAUGGCCUGAGGAACCUAGCAGAUCGUUUAUUCGAAAUGGCUGAUUACCUCUCGUGGUUAGAUCUGUCCGACAAUAACCUAACUUCAAUCAGUGACGAAUUCUUGCUUUUUCCAAAUUUGUCAAUGUUGUACUUGCACAAGAACAACAUUCAAGACUUUGUGGACUCGUACAAACUACGGAAACUGGAUAAAUUGCGGACGUUGACGUUGCACAAAAAUCCGAUGUGCGGGCUCCCGUGUUACCGGAGCACAGUCAUCUCUUUUUUGCCUAACCUCCGGAAGUUGGACCACGUGGUGGUGGUGCGCUCGGAACGUGAACAAGAUAGAAAAUCGUUUGACAAGAACGUCCGUGAGCGCUUAACGAACGCGUAUCCUGAAGACUUUCUUUGCACAAUAGAAUCGACAAAAAGGCCUUCUUAA